CUCUCUCUCUCUCUCUCUCUCUCUCUCUCCCCGAAGAUAUAAGACAUGGCAACUAUGGCUCUCUCAUCCCCAUUCACCGGGAAGGCCAUUCCUUUAAACACACAGACAGAGUUCUCAACUGUCCAAGGCAAUGGUAGAGUUUCUAUGAGGAGGGCAGCCAGAAAGCCAGCUGUAUCAUCAGGCAGCCCCUGGUACGGCCCUGAUCGUGUCAAAUACCUCGGACCAUUCUCUGGUGAGGCGCCAUCUUACCUAACCGGCGAAUUCCCUGGUGACUAUGGUUGGGACACCGCUGGGCUCUCAGCUGACCCUGAAACUUUUGCCAAGAACCGUGAACUCGAGGUUAUUCACUCAAGAUGGGCAAUGCUUGGGGCUUUGGGCUGUGUUUUCCCAGAGCUACUCUCCAGAAAUGGAGUCAAGUUUGGUGAGGCAGUGUGGUUCAAAGCUGGAGCUCAAAUCUUCAGUGAGGGUGGCCUUGACUACCUUGGAAACCCAAGCCUAGUUCAUGCACAGAGCAUUCUCGCAAUAUGGGCAACUCAGGUGGUUCUCAUGGGUGCUGUUGAGGGUUACCGCAUUGCCGGAGGACCACUCGGUGAGGUCACUGACCCACUGUACCCAGGAGGCAGCUUUGACCCUUUGGGGCUUGCAGAUGACCCAGAGGCAUUUGCAGAGCUUAAGGUGAAAGAACUUAAGAAUGGCCGACUUGCCAUGUUCUCAAUGUUUGGGUUCUUUGUGCAGGCCAUUGUUACUGGAAAGGGCCCUAUUGAGAACCUUGCUGAUCAUCUCGCUGAUCCUGUUAACAACAAUGCCUGGGCUUAUGCCACCAACUUCGUGCCCGGCAAGUGAGGACCCCUAGUGUGAACAAGAGAUCUUCCAGCUACCUAUUUGUGUGUAAUUUAAGCUUCAACAUAUGCAUUAAUGGCCAAUUUAACUGAAUCAUGAGGUAUUUUAAAAAUCAAUUGAAGCUAAUUUACAAUUUACUGUUACA